AUGGAUCUUCAUGAAGCACAAAAGGUCCUGACGGACUUCCUCCAAGAAUUGUCCGCGCUAUUUCACCGCGUUCCUGGUUCGGCAAUCUUCCUCCGCUACGUUAAGUCCAGCUACCAGAAUGAUCCAAUUCGCUCCGCUGUGGAAUUGUUCCUAUUUCUCUUUGCUGUUCGCUAUCUUCUUGCCCCCAAAUACUCCACAAAGCCGGGGAUCGUCAAACUUUCGGAAGAGGAGAUCGAUGAUUUGGUUGAUGAAUGGACUCCGGAGCCGCUCGUUGGUAGUCCCACGGCUUUGGAAGAAAUUGAGGUUGAGAAACGGACCGUUAUCGUAGGACCGACCGGGCCUAAAGUCAAGUUGUCGAAUGGACGAACCGUCGUGAAUUUGGCGUCUUAUAACUUUUUCAACUUUACAUCAAAUGAAUCGCUGAAAGAAAAGGCUAUCCAGACGCUUCGGACUUAUGGUGUUGGACCUUGUGGUCCCCCCGGCUUUUACGGUACUCAGGAUGUGCAUAUGAAAACUGAAGCAGAUGUCGCCGCGUUUCUGGGCACCGCGGCGUGUAUUAUCUAUUCCCAGGCGUUUUCUACGAUUUCAAGCGUCAUACCGGCCUUUUCGAAGCGCGGAGAUAUCAUCGUGGCCGACAAGGGUGUGAGCUUCGCUAUUCGCAAGGGAAUUCAGAUUUCUCGAAGCACAGUACGGUGGUAUGAACAUAAUGAUAUGGAGGAUCUUCAGCGUGUAUUGGAGAAGGUGACUCGGGAGCAAGCACGCAAGCCGUUAACUCGACGCUUCAUCAUUACUGAAGGUCUCUUUGAGUCCAUUGGCGAUGUUGUUGACCUUCCCAAAAUUGUUGAAUUGAAGUUCAAGUACAAGUUCCGUCUGAUCUUGGACGAGACCUGGUCUUUUGGUGUUCUCGGUCGGAACGGGCGAGGUGUCACAGAACACCAAAAUGUUGACGCGACUGAAAUUGAUAUGAUAGUUGGCUCCCUUGCCGGUCCAAUCAUUGCUGGAGGUGGUUUCUGUGCAGGAUCCGAAGAAAUUGUACAUCACCAGCGUAUAUCAGCAUCUGCGUACACAUUCUCUGCUGCUCUCCCUGCCUUGUUGUCGACCACCGCAAGUGAGACGAUCAAUUUGAUGCAGACCAACCCGGACCUUUUUACACAGCUCAGAUCUAAUAUUAAGACGAUGUGGGCACAGCUUGAUCCACGCAGUGACUGGAUGUACUGCACGAGUGUACCAGAAAACCCCAUAAUGAUUCUAGCCAUCAAGCCCAAUGUUGUUUCGUCACGAAAGUUAUCUAUCGAAGAUCAACAGUUUUUGUUGCAAGACAUAGUCGAUGAGACAUUGGCAAACGGUGUGCUUAUAACCCGCUUGAAGACUUUGCCUGACGCAGUCACGCCCAAACAGCAAGUGCUUCCAUCUCUCAAGGUGUGCCUGACAAUAGGCCUCACAAAGCGCGAAGUUGAAAAGGCAGGCACUAUCAUUCGGCAUGCGAUCACAAAAGUGCUAAGCAAGAAAAGAUAA